AUGUCCUGUAACAUAAGCUGGGACUCAUUUGAAAAGGGAUCUUUUUUAUCUUGGUCAAAGGAACUAUUAUAUGAUGCUUUAAAUUCCGGAAAGCGCCCUCACAUUCUUUCAUCUGAAAUCAAAAUUAAAGAGUUGACAUUUGGUAAACAAUCUCCAAGUUUUGAAGUUCUUGAGGUUGGUGAUUUGGCUAAUGAUAGAUUCAGAGGUAUAUUCAAAUUGAAGUAUGAUGGUGAUGCUAAUAUAACGUUGAAUACAAGUAUUCAAGCAAAUUUGCUAAAUAUUUAUGAGAAAAGCACACAAGAAUUUCAAGGUCAAUUUGCAUUACCAAAUUUCAAACUAGCUUCUCAACCGUUUUCAUUACCUUUAAAUGUUAAUUUGUCUAAUAUCAAAUUAAGUGGUAUCAUUGUUGUUGUGUUUUCAAAAUCUAAAGGGUUAACAUUAGUUUUCAAAAAUGAUCCACUAGAAAAUAUUAAAGUUAGUUCAACUUUUGAUACUGUUCCUGUCAUAGAGAAAUUUUUACAAAAACAAAUUGAAAACCAAAUUAGAGAUUUAUUUAGGGAUAUCUUACCAAGUGUUCUUCACAAAGUUUCUCAAAAAUGGACUACAAAUAACAUAAUAAGCCAAUUGCAUUCAAAGAUAAAUGAGCAGAAUAAUGAAGGCUUAUUAAACAAAGAAAGGGUUUCAAUAUUUGAAGUAAAUCCAUCGGAACCAGAAUUAUCACCUGCAAAUAUGUUGAAGUUAUCCACUUUAACUACAUCAAGACAAUCAUUUAGAUUAUCAAUACCUCCAUUGCAUGAUGUUAUUGAACGUCCAAGUCUGUACAAAUUUGAAUUGAAAUCAUCAUUAGGUAAAAAUUUGGAACUUGGAACUAAAAAAAUACCAAUUGAGAUUUUCUCAAAGAAUCAUGAUGAUUUCCAAAUUAAAAAUACAUUGAAUACAAUUUCUAGAAUCCAAUCCAAAUAUUAUUCGAAUGAGAAAAAUAACCAUAAAUUGAAAAGAAGAAGUAUCAAGAUGAAUUCAAAGAAGACUAAGAACCCAACUCCUCCAAGAUCAGUCUCCAUGAAUACUGAAGCUACGUUAGUCAAUGAUGAUCAAGAAGAUGAAAUACAGUUGAAGGAACAACCAAUAAUAAUUGAUUCCAAAAAGAAUUAUGAUAUCAAGAACAAUUACCAUUUGGAUUCUGCACCUCUAUUGACUCCAUCUCCAAUCAAUUUAACAAAUCCAUUGUUGAAUAGACCUCCGUUGACUCCAAUCCAUACUCAUCACCAUUCCUCUGCUGAUAUUUUCCAUUAUCGUUCACAUUCUCCAAGAAAAUCACAAUCUUAUUUAUUAAACGUUGGUAUUGGAAUCAAUAAUUAUGGAUUUUUGGAAGCCCCUCCUCCAUAUCAUUAA